CGAAACUGAAAUCGAAAUCGUGUAAAAGAGCGAUGAGCAGCGUAAUUGGUGGUAAAGUGUGGAAUGGAAUAGGCAGAAAGGGUUUGUGGAAUGGAAAUAGUAGAAGAUGGUACGGUCUAAUUCCGAUGGUGAUAGAGCAUUCUUCCCGUGGAGAGAGGGCUUACGACAUAUUCUCAAGGCUGCUCAAAGAGCGUAUCAUUUGCAUCAAUGGACCCAUUAACGAUGACACUUCCCAUGUUGUCGUUGCUCAGCUUCUUUACCUUGAGUCUGAGAACCCUUCCAAGCCUAUUCACAUGUACCUCAACUCUCCCGGUGGCGCUGUUACUGCCGGUCUUGCUAUCUACGAUACUAUGCAGUACAUCCGAUCUCCAAUCAAUACUAUUUGUCUAGGUCAAGCAGCUUCAAUGGGAUCCCUUCUCUUAGCUGCUGGUGCCAAGGGUGAGAGACGUUCUCUCCCUAAUGCUACAGUCAUGAUUCAUCAGCCUUCUGGUGGAUAUAGUGGUCAAGCUAAAGAUAUGACAAUUCACACCAAACAGAUUGUUCGGGUAUGGGAUGCUUUGAACCAACUAUACUCCAAGCAUACGGGACAACCAGUCGAAAUAAUUCAGAAGAACAUGGAUAGGGAUUAUUUCAUGACAGCCCAAGAAGCCAAGGAAUUUGGGAUAAUUGAUGAGGUUAUCGAUCAAAGACCAAUCACUCUGGUAACUGAUGCUAUUGCUAACGACGCCAAAGAUAAAGGUUCAAGUUAGAAUUUCUGGGAUCUACAAUCUGCGUUGAUACCUGAGAACUUUCAUGCGAUAUUUCACUUACGGAGAAUAGAUUAGCAUGAGAACUUUCUUGAAGUAGUAAUAAGAAUAAUUUUCAGCAAUGUAAGUCAUUGUUUAUUUUUACAUGUAGAAGUGAGGAAGAAUUGGCAGUACAAAAUUCCUGAUUUAAGUUUCUCAUUUUGAGCUCAAUGCCAAAGAUGUUAUUUACAGAA